AUGCUCUCACGACGAGCACCUUCCAUCCAGUCAGGCAUCUCAAGGAGAAGAUUUGAGGAGUAUUCGAUGCCCGAUCCCAGUCUGAGUCACAUUGGACAGAAGAAGCGUUUCAAACCCGGCACGGUAGCGCUCCGAGAGAUUCGCAAGUACCAGAAAUCAACAGACCUGCUGCUGCGCAAGCUACCGUUUGCGCGCCUUGUUCGCGAGAUCGCCAACGACUUCGUGACUUCAUACGAGCAUGGAGAGUACGGUUCAGGGCUGCGUUGGCAGAGCUCAGCCAUCUUGGCGCUACAAGAGGCUACCGAAGCUUUCCUUGUUCAUCUAUUCGAAGACGCCAACCUGUGUGCCAUUCAUGGAAAGCGUGUCACGCUCAUGAAGAAGGACUUCCAGCUAGCCAGGCGUCUGCGCGGCCGAUGGGACGGCCUCGGCGGCUUCUAG